GAAGAAGAUGAGCACAGUUUUUUCUUACUCACGAAAUAUUUUGUUGAGUCAUGGAGAGAAGCGCCGUUGCCUCAGGUUUUCAUCAAAAUGACAUCCUCUACCCUUCACGCGCCGCCACUUCCACCACGCGCCUCCACUCUUUCUCCUCCCUCAGAAACUUUCCGUCUUCCUCUCUCAGGAUUCGCCAGUCUCCUUCUCCCGUCUCUUCCAAUUUGAUCAUUAGCUGUGAAAUUUCACGUAACCGAUGCGACGCCGUUUCUUCCAGCACCCAUGUGACUGAAUUAGCCGAAAUUGAUUGGGACAAGAUUGAUUUUGGGCUAAAACCAACGGAUUACAUGUACGCCAUGAAAUGUAGCCGUGAUGGUGAAUUCUCUCAAGGUCAAUUGCAACCUUUUGGUAACAUUGAAAUCAACCCAUCAGCUGCUGUACUCAACUAUGGUCAAGCUUUGUUUGAAGGACUAAAAGCUUACAGAAAACAAGACGGUAACAUUCUCCUCUUCCGUCCUGAGGAGAAUGCCAUCCGAAUGAGAAAUGGCGCUGAAAGAAUGUGCAUGCCUUCUCCAACCGUCCAACAGUUUGUUGAGGCUGUGACAACUACUGUAUUAGCAAACCAACGCUGGAUUCCACCUCCAGGUAAAGGUUCAUUAUACAUAAGGCCAUUGCUUAUGGGAACUGGAGCUGUUCUUGGUCUUGCUCCUGCUCCUGAAUACACUUUCCUCAUCUUUGUUUCACCCGUCGGGAACUACUUCAAGGAAGGUGUUGCGCCGAUCAACUUAAUUGUUGAAAAUGAAUUCCAUCGUGCAACUCCUGGCGGUACUGGAGGUGUUAAAACCAUCGGUAAUUAUGCUGCAGUCUUGAAAGCACAGUCGAUUGCGAAAGCUAAAGGGUAUUCUGAUGUUUUAUACCUUGAUUGCGUUCAUAAAAGAUAUCUCGAGGAGGUUUCAUCGUGUAAUAUUUUCAUUGUGAAGGAUAAUGUGAUAUCUACUCCUGAAAUUAAAGGAACCAUCUUGCCUGGAAUAACCCGGAAGAGUAUAAUCGAAGUGGCUCGUAGCCAAGGUUUCAAGGUGGAGGAACGAAAUGUGACCGUUGAUGAAUUGGUAGAAGCGGACGAGGUUUUCUGCACAGGAACCGCCGUUGUUUUAUCUCCGGUUGGAAGCAUUACUUACAAAAGCCAAAGGUUUUCCUAUGGAGAAGAUGGCUUUGGAACAGUCUCGAAACAACUCUACACUUCCUUAACGAGCCUGCAAAUGGGUCUGAGCGAAGAUAACAUGAACUGGACUGUUCAAUUGAGUUAAACCAGCCAAGAACAUAUUAUACAUAUGGAUUUAUGAGUAGAUACAGAAGAAAUUAGAAUUUCUUAGAAUUUCAUGCUUCUGAUGCUUCAAUAAUCUUUUGUCUUCAAAAUAAAUAAAACGGGGAAAAAGCCAGUUCUAGCACAAACUACCAAAAACCUCUAAUCAGAUUUGAGUUCAGAAUCUAGUCAGACUAUAGUGUGUGUAAGUAUAGUUCUCUCUUUAUCACAUCUUUGGUAUUGUUUUGUGAAUGAAAUUUGUUAAGUGCUA